GGCGCUUGUGGACUGUUCGCGCCUUGAUGUUCUCUGCUCGGUCUCACUCUUGCGCAUAUACCGACUGUUCUGCAAAAAUCCACUGUCGAAACGUCGUCGUGUAUACCUGACCUCUAGCCAUGCUGACUUAUGGAGUCAGUAGUGGCUUUGACUUCGUGCACGUUACACGAGUGCGUCAUGCGCUCUCCAAAUCGCAAGGCCUGGCUCUCGCUUCUCCCUUUGGUGACCAACAGACCACCGAAUUGGUGGCGUCUACAUGAGCGCUUCGAUCUUUGAACUCAAUCGGUCAGGUAUUCUUGCUCGUCGAGCGCCUCCUGUCAUCCACCUCUGCACUUCCAUUGUCCGUCGCUUCGUAGGCUACGUUCGCGCGGUCUGAAGUUUUAUUGCGGACUCCAACGGCGCUAACGGCAGGUGCUUUAACAGAGAGGAAAACAUGGGCGCCUCUCCACCACCUCCUCACAAUGCACCAGCCGCCUGCACCGAACAACACGCCCGUUUCUGCCGUUGCGCACACGUAUCGUCCGUUCUACCUGUCCUCAGAGGACUCGGCCCCAGCGGAUAGCUAUGUCGCCGCCGCCAAGGAGUACUUGAAAAACGAAAACAUGUAUAGCCCAUUUUACGUCAACUUGAGCUCUGAACGCGGUUCACCUUGUUCGCUCAGCGACCGGACCACCCAGUCUCAAAUUCCGCGGGAGAAAGUGGUCAGUGUAUCUGCUGCUCUUCCGACCGAGCCGCAGGUAGACGAGCUUGCGAUCGCGGAGCGGAAAUUCAUCAAUCUCGUCAGCGGAUCCAGCCUGGGGGUCGGCCGGGGUCUCAAGUCCUGCACGAGUGCUGUGCAAGUCUCGCCCGAAUUCGAGCUCGACGGCCGGGUAGUCACGCUGAUCGACACGCCCGGAUUCGACGACACGUCGAAGAGUGAUGUGGACGUACUCAAUAUGAUUGCGCUCUUCCUGGCCGAAUCAUUCAAGGACGGCCGCAAGCUCGCCGGGGUCAUCUACAUGCACCGCAUCUCGGACUUCCGGGUGGGCGGCAUCUCGCGCCGCAACUUCAAGAUGUUCCGUGAGCUGUGCGGCGACAGCACCCUCAAGAACGUCGUCAUCGCCACCAACAUGUGGGGUGAAGGCAGUCGCGAGAUUGGGGAGGCACGAGAGAUGGAGCUUGCGACGGACGACGCGUUCUUCAGGCCCGUCCUGGACAAGGGCGCAAGCAUGCUUCGACACGACGACGGACUGUCGUCUGCCCAUGCGAUUAUCCGUCAUCUCUUGCAGAAUAAGCCCCGCCCGCUUCGGAUCCAGCGUGAAUUGGUCGAAGAGAAGAAGGACCUCGCGCAGACAGCCGCUGGGCAGGAGCUGGACAGAGAACUUGCCGAGCAGAUGGUGAAGCACAAGAACGAGAUGAAAGAGCUCGAGGCAGUAUUGAACGCGGCGAUCAAGGAGAAGGACGAAGAAUAUCGCCAAGAGCUUCAGCUAGAAAUGCACAAAUUCGAGCAAGAACUGGGUCGUAUGCAGAGCGACUCGGAGAAAUUGGCUUCGGAGUCCGCCCAGAAAUCCAUUGAACUCGAGCAUCGACUGCAUGAAAUGGACGAACAACGGGCUCAGGAUGAAUUGGCGGCUGCAAGAUACAGGGAGCAGAUCGCUACUCUCAACCAAUCUCUUGAGCAGACUGCCAACAUGAGCGUGGAAGUGCAGGCUGACCUGCAGCGGCAGCUGCGAGAAGCGAUGGACCGUCUUGAACAAGCCCCUCGACACGGAGGUUUCUUUGUUAAUCUUGGUACGGCUUUGGACAAACUCUUUGGUAUACAUUAACAUCGCAUCGAACAUUGUGAAUGAAGAUUUCUGGGCAUAGAAUGCAAUAUUGUUUUGGUUCAUUCUUGUGUCAGGCGGCGCCAAGAUGGUUAAGUCGAUUACAUGGUGGUCGAGAUAGUUCCACAGCCCAAACACCAGUCUCCGUCCCACAAAGCUACGACCUGUCCAGCCGCGACGCCUUUCAGCUCUUCGUCGAAAUCGACUCGAACUGCGUCGUCGUGCAUCGACGUGACCGUGCAUUGAACUGGAGGCAUCUUGUGCCGGACUUGAGCAAACAAGCGGGCACCUCCAGGUGCCGAUAUCCCUUCCGGUGGGUCGUCCGGCCAUAUCCAGGUGAAAGCAUGCGAUUGCACGGCCGAGCACAAUAAUGCCGGCUCCCUGAGCUUCAUCAGUCGAGAUUAAGAACAAGAAAAGAGCGGAAAAAACCUGGCGGGUCCGACGAAGAUCGUGUUGCUCGGUAUAUCUUUUCGCACGGCAAACAAGCGUUCAGGCAUUCCGGUGAUGCGGACGUUCUCCCCGAUGGUGAAAGACCAGAGACCGUUAUGCCUGCCCACUUCCUUGCCGGAAGAGAGAAGCUUCAAGGGACCGGGAGAAGGAGGAAUAUAGGAAGCUAGCGGAACGUCAAAAGGUUCCCAUGCCAUGCAACUUGUACCACGCACACAAGAAGUGCUUGAAGUCUGUGCGGUUCUUCUGUCCGAUGAAACACAGACCCAUGCUUUCGUCUCGUUCCAGUACUUCUGAAGGCAUGACUCCGUCAUUGGCUAUCACCUUGACCUCUGACUUGGUCAAGUGUCCGAUGGGGAAAAGGGCGCUCGCAAGUCCGCCCUCGGUUAUGGAUGAUAGAUAGUAGGUUUGAUCCUUGCGUGGGUCGGCAGAUCUGAGCAGUCGGGGCCGCGGUGAUGACCAGUCUCUUCGAGCGUAGUGACCUGGGACAUGUCUGCCAGCCACGGAGGCUUCUUCGGAUCUCGAACAGGAAGGUGUUCGAGCAGAGCACCAA